AUGUUGAAGCGGGGACUGGCGGCAUCACGGCUUCCCGGCCGGCUUCCUGGAGCUGCUGCCGUGGCGAGGCUGUCGGGUCGGCGGACGACGAGCAGGCUGCCAGCAAUUCCGUGGACAUGUCGGCGGUGCUCACCGCGGGGUGUAUCGACGAGUGCUGGAAGCGCAGCAGCAGUGUCUUGGACGACGGCCAGCGCGUUUGCCAAAUCAUAUCCGGCUCUGGACACGUUUGAGCGGCGCCACAUCGGGCCGGACGAGUCGGAGACGGAGGCGAUGCUGAAGGCGCUGUCGCCCCCGGUAGCGAGCCUAGACGAGUUUGUGGCACAGGUGGUGCCGGCGGACAUCCUGACAGAGCGGCCACUCUUCCCGAAGGCACAGUCAGGGCCGGGCGAUGCGGUGACGCGGGCGAUCACGGAGGCGCUGCCGGAACACAAGGUACUAGCAGAGGCGCAGGCGGUGGCAGCGGAGAACGUGCUGGCGAGGAGCUUCAUUGGGGCGGGCUACUACGACACGCUAGUACCAGAGGUGAUCAAGCUCAACGUGCUGGACAACCCGGCGUGGUACACGAGCUACACGCCGUACCAGCCGGAGAUCAGCCAGGGACGGCUGGAGUCGCUGCUGAACUUCCAGACGCUGGUGACGGACAUGACGGCGCUGCCGGUGGCAAACGCGAGCCUGCUGGACGAGGGCACAGCAGCUGCCGAGGCGGUGACGCUGUCUCUGAACGUGCUGUCGACAGCACGGUCACGGCGAGCGGGCAAGACGUUUGUGGUGUCGCACCUGGUGCACCCGCAGACGUUGGCGGUGCUGCGCGGGCGAGCAGACGGAUUCGGCAUCAAGGUGGACGUCCGGGACGUCGGGGCGGCAGACUUUGUGAGCUCAGGCUUGGCAGAGAUCGGCGAGGACUUGGUGGGCGUGCUGGUGCAAUACCCGGACACAGAGGGCGGCGUGGUGGACUUCCGGGCGCUGGCCGAGGGGGUGCACGCACACGGCGGACUGCUGAGCUGCGCGACGGACCUGCUGGCACUGACAUUGCUGACGCCACCGGGCGAAUGGGGGGCGGACAUUGCGUUUGGCAGUGCACAGCGAUUGGGCGUGCCGAUGGGCUUUGGCGGGCCGCAUGCAGCUUUUUUUGCGGUGGCAGACAAGUAUAAGCGCAAGAUGCCAGGGCGGCUGAUUGGAGUGUCGAAGGACCGGCUGGGAGGCCGGGCGUUGCGGCUGGCGCUGCAGACACGCGAGCAGCACAUCCGACGCGAGAAGGCGACGAGCAAUGUGUGCACGGCCCAGGCGCUUCUGGCCAACAUGAACGCGCUAUAUGCCGUGUACCACGGGCCGGGUGGGUUGAAGGCGAUAGCUGAACGGGCGGUGCGCGGAGCGCGGAUCCUGCAGCUGGCAGCGGAGAAGCUGGGACUGAAGGUCAAGGCAGCGCCGGUGUUUGACACGUUUGUGAUCCGCUGUGCGAACGGUCAGGCCGACCAGCUGCUGGCGGUGGCCGAAGCUCACGGGUGCAAUCUGCGCAAGCUGAGUGCGGACGAGGUGGGUGUCAGCGUGGACGAAGCCAAGAGCCACGACGACCUGCUGGCACUGAUCGGGGCCUUUCACGCGUUUGCGGGCAUCAAGACCGGACUGGAGACGUUUGUGCAUCACUUGCUGGUCGAGGCGGACGACAUGGACGACUUGGACGAAAUGGACGAGGUGCCUCUCAUCCCCGAGCCGUUCCGGCGCACGUCGGCCUACCUGACACACCCCGUGUUCAACUCGCAUCACUCGGAGACGGAGAUGCUGCGGUACAUUCACCAUUUGCAGUCCAAGGAUCUGUCGCUGGUGCACUCGAUGAUUCCGCUGGGGUCGUGCACAAUGAAGCUGAACGGGUCAGUCGAGAUGGCGACGCUGCAGAUGCCCGGCUUCGCUCAGCUACACCCGUUCGUGCCGCGGGACCAGGCAACCGGCUAUGGACGGCUGCUGGGCUGCCUCAAGGACCAGCUGCGCGACAUCACCGGCAUGGACGCGGUGUCGCUGCAGCCGAACUCGGGAGCUCAAGGCGAAUUUGCGGGUCUGCGGGCCAUCCGGCGGUUCCACGAGCUGCGCGGCGACAAGUCACGUGAUGUGUGUCUGAUCCCGGUGUCAGCCCACGGCACCAACCCAGCAUCGGCCGCGAUGGCCGGCCUGGCCGUAGUGCCGGUGCGCUGCGAUGCCAAGACGGGCAACCUGGACCUGGACGACCUGGAAGCCAAGUGCGCCAAGUACGCCGACCGGCUGGCGGCCAUCAUGAUCACGUACCCGAGCACGUUUGGCGUGUUUGAGCCGGGCGUGCGGCAGGCUUGCGACCUCGUGCAUGCUCACGGCGGCCAGGUUUACAUGGACGGUGCCAACAUGAACGCACAGAUUGGGCUCUGCUCGCCGGGCGACAUUGGCGCCGACGUGUGCCAUCUGAACCUGCACAAGACCUUUUGCAUUCCUCACGGUGGCGGCGGGCCGGGUUCAGGGCCCAUUUGCGUCAAGGAGCACCUGGCCGUGACCCUGCCGCCUGAGACGGACUACUUUAUUGCCGACAGCGAGGGAACGGGAACGGCGCUGCCGGCCGUUAGCAGCGCGCCCUUUGGCAGUGCCAGCAUCCUGCCGAUCAGCUGGGCCUACAAUCUGCUGAUGGGCGGCGCUGGUCUCAAGAAGGCGACCAAGCUGACGCUGCUCAACGCCAACUACCUGCUUAGCCGGCUGCAGCCGCACUACCCGAUCGUGUACACGAACGCGCGCGGCCGCUGCGCGCACGAGUUCAUCCUCGACCUGCGACCCUUUCACGACUCGGCCGGCAUCGAGGCCAUCGACGUAGCCAAGCGGCUGCAGGACUACGGCUUCCACGCGCCGACGAUGAGCUGGCCUGUGGCCAACACUCUGAUGAUCGAGCCGACCGAGAGCGAGAGCAAGGCCGAGCUAGACCGCUUUGUCGACGCCCUCGUCAGCAUCCGCGCCGAGAUCCGUGACGUCGAGGAAGGCCGUGCGCCGCGCGUCGGCAACGUCCUCAAGAUGGCACCCCAUCCCAUUCACGACGUCGUCGGCGCCGCCUGGGACCGCCCCUACUCGGCCGAGACGGCCGUGUACCCGCUGCCGUAUCUGCGCGAGAAGAAGUUCUGGCCGUCGGUGGCCCGGGUGGAUGAUACCUACGGUGACCUCAACCUCUUCUGCACCUGUCCUCCCGUCGUGGACACGACCGGCCAGGAAUGA